GAUUUGUUCCCCCCGUUACAGCCAACCAAACUGCACUAUCCAAGCCUUGACAUUGCGAAGAUGGAGGCUGUUGUGAUCUAGACCGGGAUGCAAUAGCAAGCACGAUUUACGAGUUUCAGAUACUUGUUAUGACAACAGUCCCAGCUGGUCCAGGUGGAGGAAGGAGGUGUGAAUAGAGUACAGCAGACAUCAGCAGCAUGUACUCUGAGUGGCGCUCUCUGCACCUGGUGGUGCAAAGUGACCAGGGCCACCUCAGUGUCCUGCACACGUAUCCCGCCAGCGUGGGCACAGAGGUAGCCAAUGCUGUCGUGAAGCCCCUGGGGACAGCUGUCAGCCCUGUGGCCACGGAGAACAUCCUCAAGACAGACAAGGAGGUGAAAUGGACCAUGGAGGUGCUUUGCUACGGUUUAACGCUUCCCCUAGAGGGGGACACUGUCAAGCUCUGUGUGGAUGUGUACACAGACUGGAUGAUGGCCCUGGUGUCACCCAGGGACUCCAUGCCUCAGCCUGUAGUCAAAGAGCCCAAUUUAUACGUCCAGACCAUCCUCAAGCAUCUCUACAACGUCUUUGUACCAAGGCCUGAGCAGCAUAGUUUGAACCACAUCAGGCUUUGCCAGCAGGUUCUGACUGCAGUCCAGAAACUGGCACGAGAGUCUGUUUCUAUGGUGAGGGAAACAUGGGAGGUGCUGCUGCUCUUCCUGCUUCGCAUCAACGACACACUGCUGGCCCCGCCCACUAUUGGAGUUGGCGUGGCAGAGAAGUUGGCAGACAAGCUCAUGGCAGUGCUGUUUGAGGUGUGGCUGCUGGCAUGCGCCCGCUGCUUUCCAACACCACCCUACUGGAAGACAGCAAGGGAGAUGCUGGCCAACUGGAGACACCACCCUCCUGUGGUGGAGCAGUGGAGCAGAGUGGCCUGUGCCCUCACCUCCAGACUGCUGCGGUUCACCCACGGCCCCUCCUUCCCCCCUUUUAAAGUUCCUGACGAGGAUGCCAACCUGAUCCCAGUUGAGAUGGACAAUGACUGUGUAGCGCAGACCUGGUACCGCUUCCUCCACAUGCUCAGUAACCCGGUGGACCUAAGCAACCCGGCAAUAGUGAGCACCACCCCAAAGUUUCAGGAGCAGUUCCUCAACUCUAGCGGUAUCCCUCAUGAAGUGGUGCUGCAUCCUUGUCUGAAGCAGCUGCCUCAGAUCUUCUUCAGAGCCAUGAGGGGUGUUAGCUGCCUUGUGGAUGCCUUCCUGGGUGUCUCUGUUGAAAAGAGAGAUGUACGGGAGAGGGUGUUCUCUUUUUGUCCAGUGCUGCUCUCUCAUGGCAUAUCACGUCCCAGAGCUGACAGUGCCCCGCCCACCCCCGUCAACAGACUGAGCAUGUCCCCGCCUCCGUCUGUCAACAACACCACGCCCCCUCACAGCCGCAAGCAGCGGCAUACUGUGGUCACCAAAACCACGAGCAAGAGUUCAACAGGUAGUGGUGGACAACCAACCAAAGCGUCCCAACAGCAGCAGCAGCAGACGUCGUCCUCUCCAACCUUGCUGUCAAGCCCCAACCAGAGCAGCUGGGAGUCCCGGCCCCUGCCGGCCCCAGCCAGGCCCAAGGUCAACAGCAUCCUCAACCUGUUUGGCCAGUGGCUCUUUGACGCCGCUCUGGUCCACUGUAAGCUCCACAGUGGCCUCAGCAGAGACCCCAGCAUGACUGCCAUAGCCACUCAAGUGGGUCUGGAGUUGAGGAGGAAAGGUUCCCAGAUGUCCACAGACUCCAUGGUAUCCAACCCCAUGUUUGAUGCCAAUGAGUUCCCAGAGAGCUAUGAAGCAGGCCGAGCUGAGGCCUGUGGGACUCUCUGCCGGAUCUUCUGCAGCAAGAAAACUGGAGAAGAAAUUCUGCCUGUCUACCUGUCCAGGUUCUACAUGGUUCUCAUUCAGGGUCUACAGAUCUCUGAUUUCAUCUGUAGACCAGUCCUGGCUUCCAUCAUCCUUAACUCCUCUUCCCUCUUCUGCUCUGACCUGAAGGGCAUUAAUGUAGUGGUGCCAUACUUCAUAGCUGCCCUGGAGACCAUUCUACCAGACAGGGAGCUGUCAAAGUUCAAGAUGUAUGUAAAUCCUACCGAUCUGAGGAGAGCCUCCAUCAACAUCCUUCUAGCCAUGCUGCCUCUGCCACACCACUUCGGCAACAUCAAAUCAGAGGUUCUGCUGGAGGGGAAGUUCAGUGAGGAAGAUGGAUCUCCUCAUGACCAGCCUGUGUCCUUCCUGUCCCUGCGGCUCCGUCUAGUCAACGUCCUGAUCGGAGCCCUGCAGACUGAGACUGACCCAACUAAUACACAGCUCAUCCUUGGUGCAAUGCUCAAUAUCGUCCAAGACUCAGCACUGUUGGAGUCUAUAGGUGCACAAACCGAAACAGGCAGUAUAGAUGGGAGUCACAUGACAGUGAGGAGCCAGAGCCACAGCCGCACCAGCAGUGGCAUUAGUUUCACCAGUGGGGGCAGCACUGAGGCUACCAGCCCAGACUCUGAGCGUCCCGCUCAGGCUCUGCUUCGAGACUAUGCUCUUCCAGAUACAGCGGCAGGCCUGUUGGUACGCAGCAUCCACCUGGUCACCCAGAGGCUCAACUCCCAGUGGAGGCAGGACAUGAGCAUUUCACUAGCUGCCCUGGAGCUGCUGGCUGGGCUGGCCAAGGUAAAGGCCCAGGUAGACUCGGCAGACCGUAAACGUGCUGUCAGCUCUAUAUGUGGUUAUAUUGUUUACCAGUGUAGCCGCCCAGCUCCUCUUCAAUCCAGAGACCUCCACUCCAUGAUUGUAGCUGCCUUCCAGUUUCUGUGUGUGUGGCUCACAGAACAUCCUGAUAUGCUGGAUGAGAAGGACUGUCUGGUAGAAGUCUUGGAGAUUGUGGAGCUGGGGAUUUCUGGUAGCAAGUCUCGGCAGGAACAGGAAGUCCGACAUAAAGGGGAGAAGGAGCACAACCCAGCCUCUAUGAGGGUGAAGGACGCUGCUGAGGCAACUCUGUCCUGUAUCAUGCAGGUGUUGGGGGCCUUCCCCUCUCCCAGCGGGCCAGCCUCCACCUGCAGCCUGCUGAAUGAAGACACCCUGAUCCGAUAUGCCAGACUCAGCGCCACAGGAGCCAGCAACUUCCGCUACUUUGUCCUGGAUAACUCUGUAAUCCUGGCCAUGCUGGAGCAGCCCCUUGGCAAUGAGCAGAACCCCAGUCCAUCAGUCACGGUUCUGAUUCGAGGGACAGCUGGUAGGCAUGCCUGGACCAUGCAGCUUUUCCACCAACCCAGAGGAGCUCGCGCCAAUCAGAGGCAGGUGUUUGUUCCUGAGAGCCGUCCGGCGCCCAACAAUGACGUGGGUAUCAAGUACAACGUCAAACAGAGGCCUUUCCCUGAAGAAGUGGACAAAAUCCCCCUUGUCAAAGCUGAUGUCAGCAUCCCUGACCUGGAUGACAUUGUCAAUAAGGAGGUGUGUUGUAUGGGCUGGCAGACUGACAUGAGAGCUACAAAUACACUGAAGUGUAAUGACCCACAUCUGGAGGUUCAGCAUGACAGACUUCGUAGCAUGAUGACCAAGCAGAUAGAGUAUGAGAACACCCUGGAGCGCCACAGCGAGGACCUGUGGAGGUCUAAGCCUUUCCCCGACCCCCAGACAGACUGCAAGCCCCCUCCGCCCUCCCAGGAGUUCCAGACAGCACGCCUCUUCCUCUCUCACUUUGGCUUUCUGUCCCUGGAGGCACUGAAGGAACCAAACAACAGUCGUCUACCUCCUCAUCUGAUUGGCCUGGAGUCGUCCUUGCCAGGAUUCUUUGAUGACAUCAGCUACUUGGACCUGCUACCUUGCCGACCAUUUGAUACUGUCUUUAUUUUCUAUGUAAGGGCUGGACAGAAAAGCAGCCAUGAGAUCCUGAGGAACGUGGAGUCGUCAACCAGCGUCCAGCCCCACUUCUUGGAGUUCCUGCUGUCCCUGGGCUGGCCCGUGGACGUGGGACGCCACCCUGGAUGGACAGGACACCUGGACACCAGCUGGUCCCUUAACUCCUGUUCUGACAGCAAUGAUGCACAACAAACAGAAGAGGCAGCUACUCCAGAGGACACAGGAGGUUCAGUGUUCAACGGGGAGAAGAAAGUUUUGUACUAUGCUGACGCUCUGACCGAGGUUGCCUUCGUUGUUCCAUCUUUAACUGAAAACUCCGAGGAAUCGUCUGUGCACAGUGACUCCACAGUGGAGGCUGACACCAACGCAGACCUCAUGCCUAGUUUAUUGAAACAACCCAAUCUCACACUGGAGCUGUUCCCCAACCACUCUGACAACCUGGAGUCUGCCAAAAAGCUGAGUCCUUUGGUGAAAACCAAGAGGUCAUCCACAGGAAAGUCGUUUCCUCUGCUGGGUCCUGAGACAAAAGUGUUUGUGGUCUGGGUGGAACGCUUCGAUGAUAUCGAGAACUUCCCGCUGUCUGAUCUCCUGGCGGAAACCAGCACGGGCUUGGAGGCCAGCAUGAGCAAUAGCGCUUCCUGCAGGUCAGGGUUACUAGAGAAGGAUGUCCCGCUGAUCUUCAUCCACCCUCUGAAGACAGGCUUGUUCAGGAUUCGGCUGCAUGGAGCUGUGGGCAAAUUCAGCAUGGUGAUUCCCCUGGUGGAUGGCAUGGUGGUCAGCCGCAGGGCGCUAGGGUUUCUCGUGCGUCAGACGGUCAUAAACGUGUGCCGAAGGAAGCGCCUGGAAAGCGACUUGUACAACCCGCCUCACGUCCGUCGGAAGCAGAAGAUCACCGAGAUCGUCCAACGCUACCGCAACAAGCAACUGGAGCCCGAGUUUUACACCUCGCUGUUUCACGAGGUGGGGGAGGGAAGACUUCACCUCUGACCCCCCGUCUUGUCCUAACACUGGCUCACAAGUGCACACAGGAACACCCACCCACAUACAUUCUCCUGCACACAUAUAGAACAUUUACAUACACACACACAAACAAACACACACACACACACACACACGCACAGAAUCUCUAUAUUUAUACUGUACUGUUUUGUUAUUUAUAUCAACACAUAUAUUAACACUGUCUGCCAUUGACUCAGAGAGCAAAGUGUCAAAAACCAUGCCACGGUGCAAAAAGCUAAAUUUCUACAUUGGCUCAGCCACCCAUUGAAGCUUUGGAUGGCUGAAUUUCAGCAGUGACUGUCUAUCCUCGUUUAGGUUCACGCUUUGUGGCACGGGAUUCUGCUUCUCUUUAAUUGCAAUAGAACAGUUGACCUGUUGGCCUUUCUGACAUGGUAAAAAAAAAAAAACAAGUUACAUUUGGCCUUGAAAUCCUGUGAUAACAGUGAAUUUUAUCAUGGUUAAGUAAUGCAGGGAGUUGUAUCUAAAACCAGAUUCACACAUCUGUUUAACAAAACAGGCAGAUGGUAAGCAGAUAAAUUGGGUAGCAUCAUAAAAACAUAAGAAACAUGUUUGUUAUUGCAGCUGCUUUAAGGUAGAUGGCUUCAGUGGAGUGGAGAAAAUGAUUGACAGCAUAAACCAACUGUCACAUUUUACAGCAAGUUGUCUUCUACACCCAGACACCUGUCCCAAGUCUUCCUUGUGGGAUAAUAGAGUUGGCCAUUGCGGCAACAGACUGAGCACACAGAUACUUGUGAAAUAUUUUUUGUCUGAUUUUCCAGCUGAUUUAUAGGACUCUUGUGUUGUUUUACUGUGUGCCGAUGUGAUCUUGACACCUGAGAUGUCACUGUGCCAGUCUGAAAGUCAUCCCAUCUCACUACAGCCACUACAGUGUGUGUUUGUGUGUGUAUGUAUGUAUGUGUGCGCGUGUAUGCGUGUGUGUUUGUAUGCGUGUGUGUGUAUGUGUGUGCGCGUGUGCGCGUGCGCGUAUAUGCUUGUUAAGCUAGUCAAAAUCAUUGACACUACAGGGAGUCACAGGGACUCCUCAGAAUCGUAUGAAAAACAAAUUGGUCACUUUUAACGAAUCGUACGUUACUACACCUCUGAACGUUUCAAUCUCCUGAUCACCUUAGAAGUUCUAUACUCUUGAGACUUGCUAACGUUUAGGUUUCCCGAUUGAAAGAGCAGUUACAGAACUCAUGGGCUACUGCUUGGUUUUUGCAGGGCUGAGGUGAUUUGAUCACAGUGGCAUUUUAACUUUUGAGUCAGUUUUCUGCCAAGACCCAACACAACCACAGCAUCCUGCAUUUCCAAACAAUUUUUGGCUAAUCAAAACUGUCAUUUUUAAUUCUGAACCUGGAAAGAGAAUAUUAGUCCAUCAAAAUGAUUCAGUUUGAAUAACAGGAAUUUGGUGAGCAAAAUUUUUUGGUAGCUUUUUGCUUCACUAUUAGUUUGGCCCAUUUUUGUUCUCUCACUGUAUUUUGGUUUCAACGCAAGCCCUUUUACUGUCUGCCUGUAACAAUGUGAAUUUAUUUAUCACAGAGAUGGAACAGGACAAACACCUCUAGUUUCUUCGUUAUAUUGAAAAGUCUUAAUGCACUGAGCACAUUUUUCAUUUAUUUUCUAUUCCAUUUGGUUACCUUACAUGUCGUUUUGUACUUGUCUGCAUUUUGAAUGAAAACCCUGCUGAAGGAAGAGUUUUAUCUUGUGAAAUAUGAAUGAAGAGGAGGCAUUGUCAAUACGUUUUUAACCUGUCAUGUCUAAUCCAUUGUGUGACUCACUUUUUAAUGACCGUGCUUUGUGCACAUGCCUUUUUUGAAGGAAAAGUACAUUAAAUAUGCUUCAAAGAAACUGCAUACAAUCAGUCAUGCAUUGUAUUCUAAAUUACUCAUUUGAUGUUUGGUCAUAUUUAAGGAUUUGCCAUGUACAGAAACGGAGGAUGAUAUGUAAAUAUAUGAUAGUGUAAGGCAUAUACAAGUUGUCUGUUGCAUUCCUCGGUUGAAAUGGCAAGUUAUGUAUGUAUGCAAUGUGUGGGAGCGUCACAAUGGGUAUUGAAUGUAACAUGCAUCAAUUAAAACUCUUAAUGACCUUUUAA